GUUGAUUUUAAGCAAAAGAGAAAAAACCAAAACCCUGGUUCUUCUUCACAUUGCCGCGACUUCUCACAUCUUCUUCGCAAAAUCGAUUUGCAGGUAGUCGUGUUACACGUCUCAGCUCCUUUCUCCUCGACUUCCUUCAAUUUCAGAUGGUUCUAUGCCUGUUGUUGAGAAUCACAUAUUAGAUAGAUACCUUGGACAUGGGAAUCCAGAAACUUUUAUGGGAAGUGACAAAGAAAGCAUUCACCGGAGGUAUUGUAGGAGUUACCAUUUCAGAUAGAUGUUGUAGCGUUGUUCCGGUAAGAGGAGAUUCCAUGUCUCCGAUAUUCAAUCCCCAGCGAAAUUCUUAUUUAGAUGAUUAUGUUCUGGUAGACAAAUUUUGCCUCAAGAAUUACAAGUUUGCGCGUGGUGAUGUUGUAGUGUUCAGCUCUCCAAUUCAUAUGAGGGAUAGAUACAUAAAGAGGAUAGUCGGGAUGCCUGGAGAAUGGAUAAGUAGUUCGCAUGAUGUGAUCAGAGUUCCAGAAGGUCAUUGUUGGGUAGAAGGAGAUAACAAAGCUUCCAGCUUAGACUCAAGAACAUUUGGCCCUAUACCUUUGGGUUUAAUUCGAGGACGAGUCACUCGGGUCGUGUGGCCUCCUCAAAGAAUAAGCAAGAUUGGUCGAUAAAGCUAAUGGAGGAUAAUGACAAGGAGAAGAAGAAGAAGAAGAAGAAGAAGAAGAAAAAGGUAGGUUGAUUUGUUCGAAAUGGGAAGACUAUUCGUGAUAGACCUCGAAGGACAAAUCUAUAGCUGUAAGCAUUGCCAGACACAUUUCGCAGUGACCGAUGAUCUAAUCUCAAAGUCAUUUCACUGCAAGCAUGGAAGGGCCUAUCUUUUCGAAAAUGUUGUCAAUGUGACGGUUGGAGAGAGGGAGCAUCGCAUCAUGAUGACUGGUUGGCACACUGUAGCUGACAUCUUCUGUGUUAGCUGUGGCUCCCUUGUCGGCUGGAAAUACGAAAUCGCAUAUGAAAAGUCUCAGAAGUACAAGGAAGGAAAAUUCAUCAUAGAAAGGUUUAAAGUGCUUGGACCCGAUGGAGGCGGAUACGACAUGAACCAGGACGAGCCGAUGAUUGGAAGCGACGAAGAAUAAAAUUGGAUUCUCUUUUCUUUUGCGAGCCACAAGAUACUUGGCAUGUGGUGGUCAAUGUCAAAUUCGACAAUUUUUUUCGGGUAAGCGUACAAAAGAAACCAAAUAUUCAUAUACUAAAUAAAUUAUUUUAUAUAUAUAUAUAUUUUACAUGUUUUUGGUUGUGCGAUUAGAACUGUUUUGUGUCAAAGGACACAUACAUCAGUGAAUGAAUCAAACACCAAUUUUACUCUAUGCAAUUAUGCAUAUAUAAAGAAUAACUUGUUUUGAGAGAGAAUAGAUAUUAUAUGGACACAUUUCUCAUACUUUCACUGUGGAUAAAAUUGUAGCGAGCGUGUUGAAAAUAAAAAUCUUAGUUCAUUUUGACCGCACAAUUUUAACAACAUGAAUUUUCACUUAACGGUAACUUUUCGGAGCCAUAAGUAGACAAAUGGCUUUUUCGUAAUUACGUAGCAUGUUCAUGGGUAAAGAGUGCACAACGUGUCCCGUCAGAUCUUAGAUCCUCUGCGUUUUGAACCCAAUGCUUCGUGUUCUGUUCAAACUUUCAAAACCAUAUUCGAUUAAAUGUAAUAAACAAUAAGAGGAAAAAAACAACAGAGAUGGUAGACUAAGAGUUGUCUUGUCUGGUUUUGAAAUCGGAAUUUUCGAAAUUAAAAAAAGAAAAAACUCGUCGAGAAGAACAUCUUCCCCACUCUCUCCCUCCUUCUUCUUCUUGAACUCAAAACUUUUAUGUAUUCUCUCUCUCUAAAUCAAUUAAAAUAAAGUUUUGGGUUCUUAUCUUCUGUUCUUUAAUGGCUUAUAUGAUUCUCAAUGGUGUCUAUUCGAGCUCUCUCAAGGGCUUCAUAGUGUGAUCUCUUCAGAUCUGAUUGGUCCGAUUCUGUUUUCUAUUUAUUCUUUUUAUUUUUGGAGAUAUUUUCGUUGUUGUGUGCAACUUCGGACACGAGACCCAGAAAGAAAGGUUUCAAAAAUGUUGACCCACCACGACAGAGACGAAGAACUCUCUCUGUUCCUUGAGAUGCGUCGCCGCGAGAAAGAACACAGAGGAGAUUCUCUUUUAACAGGAUCUGAAAGAGCGUUGACGACUGCGGCGGCAGCGGCUCUCUCUGAAACGGUGUCGUCUCAACGUUAUACUCUCCGGAGAACUGCUGCAGAGAACUUCUUGUACUCGGAGAAUGAGAAGUCCGAUUACGAUUGGCUGCUUACGCCGCCCGGUACCCCGCAGUUUGAGAAAGAGUCGCAUAGAAGCGUAAUGAACCAGCUCGAUGCUCCCAAUUCUCGCCCCACGGUUCUUAAAUCCAGGCUAGGGAACUGUCAUGAAGAGAUGGCCUCUGGGAGCAGUUAUAAGCCAGCCAGCUCUUCCUCUGUAGCUGGACUCAGAAGACCAUCUUCAUCAGGUAGCUCAAGGUCCACGAGCAGACCUUCCACACCGACCAGAAGGUCUACUACAACUCCAUCUACCUCCACAGCAAAGCCUGUGACCACCAGAGCUUCAACCUCUAGAUCCUCAACACCCACCUCACGCGCCACCUUAGCUGCCGCACGUGCUACUACCUCUACAGCGGCUCCACGCACCACAACAUCAACCGGUUCAGCCAGAUCGGCAACUCCAACUCGGUCUGUGACUCGGCCGUCUUCUGCACCUUCUAAAAAACCUGCAUCAAGGCCGGCCACACCAACCCGCAGGCCUUCAACACCAACCGGUCCAUCAAUAGUUUCGAGUAAAGGUCCUUCACGAGGGACUUCUCCGACUCCACCUGUGAAGUCGUCGAGGCCGUGGAAAGCGCCGGAGAUGCCUGGUUUCUCUCUGGAAGCCCCACCGAACCUGAGGACAACUUUAUCAGACAGGCCGGUCUCAGCUUCAAGAGGCAGACCUGGAGUAGCCUCGGCACCAGGCUCAAGAUCGGCUUCCAUAGAACGCGGCAGUGGCCCCACCACUGGUGGUGGCGUCGGACAUGCAAGAAGGCAAUCUUGCUCCCCUUCCAGAGGUCGUGCGCCUAUCGGAAACACCAACGGGAGCCUCCCAAGUGCGCGUGGGAGAGGAAAGGCGAACAACUGUGGGAGUAGCUGCGAUAACUUGAGCCCAGUGGCUAUGGGCAAUAAAAUGGUGGAGAGAGUGGUGAACAUGAGAAAACUAGGCCCACCAAGACUAACCGAGAGCGGGGGUCGAGGAAUGGGGAAGUCUAGCUCGGCUUUCAACAGCCUUGGGUACGGGAGAAACCUCUCCAAGAGCUCAAUCGAUAUGGCCUUGAGACAUAUGGAUAUAAGACGAGGCAUGACGGGAAAUCUCCGGCCGCUCGUGACGAAAGUUCCGGCAUCAUCAAUGUACAGCGUGAGAAGCCGGCCGGCUAGUGUCACAAACUCUCCGGUGGCUACGAGCAGCACGGUCAGCUCAUACGAACCGAGUGUCGACAACAUCAACAUUUUGUGCUUAGAUGGGAACGAAGCCGAAAACGAUGAUCUUCUGAGCGAGAGAAGCUUUUCUUCUCCCCGAAACCAGUUCCCCAAGUUCACAUCUUGACUUCUGAUUAAAUCCUAUCGUCUUCUUUUUGUUCCCACACUUGGAAACAACGUUUUUCUAAGCGAUCAUCCAUAAAACGACAUGAAUUCACUGACAAUGUUUAUGAACGACAUGAAUUCACCGAUACAAAACUCGACACUGUGAUGGUGAUUUUGAAUCAAAGCCACCAUGAAUUAACUUCCUUUUGUCAGGCAAUAAUCAUGUUUGCUGCUUGCAUAUUAUUUUGAACUAGAAGGAGUUCAAUCACUAUUUGCAGAGAAAGCUUGGAUUCUUGAA